UACCUGUGUCCAUCGCUGCAGGUUGUUGUGCUGGCGAGCAAUUGGGCUGUUGUUGAUAUGCUAAUGAGGCGAUUAGGCGGUGGGUAAAGAGCUGGAAAAGGGAAAAGUUUCCACCAUUAGAGGGAGAUCUCCGAGCGCGGACGGGAGCGCUGCACAGCCUCCGCCAGCCCCGCUCCCCACGCCGCCCGGCGCCGCCGCCGCCGUAGGGAAAGGCAGGGAGAACCAAAUCCUCUCUCUCUCUCUCUUUCUCUCACGCCAAUCCAUGAAAAUGCUUUGGAAACUGACGGAUAAUAUCAAGUAUGAGGAAUGUGAGGAGCGCCACGACAGUACCAGCAACGGGACAGCCCGGCUACCCCAGUUGGGGACCGUGGGUCAGUCUCCCUACACCACGCCCCGCCGCUCUCCCACACCCCCCAACGCCGACUUCCAGCCCCCCUACUUCCCCCCCCCUUACCAACCCAUCUACCCCCAGUCUCAGGACCCCUACUCCCACGUGAACGACCCCUACAGCCUCAACCCCCUCCAUGCCCAGCCGCAGCCCCAGCACCCAGGAUGGCCGGGACAGAGGCAGAGCCAGGAGACGGGGUUGCUCCACACGCCGGGUUUGCCCCACCAGCUUUCGGGGCUCGACCCACGCAGGGACUACCGGGCACGACGACUGCUGCACGCCCCGCACGGGCUGGGCUGGCGGCUGGCUGACCUGCCCCUCCACUCCAUCCCCCACGCCAUCGAGGACGUGCCGCACGUAGAAGACCCCGGUAUUAACAUCCCAGACCAAACUGUAAUUAAGAAAGGCCCCGUGUCCCUCUCCAAGUCUAACAACAACGCCGUCUCCUCCAUCCCCAUCAACAAGGACACGCUCUUCGGCGGGGUGGUGAACCCCAACGAGGUCUUCUGCUCGGUGCCGGGCCGCCUCUCGCUGCUCAGCUCCACCUCCAAGUACAAGGUCACGGUGGCGGAAGUGCAGAGACGCCUCUCGCCGCCCGAGUGCCUCAACGCCUCCCUGCUGGGCGGAGUGCUCCGGAGGGCGAAGUCAAAAAACGGAGGGAGAUCUCUGAGGGAGAAACUGGACAAAAUAGGAUUAAACCUGCCAGCUGGGAGGCGUAAAGCUGCUAACGUUACUUUGCUCACGUCGCUCGUGGAGGGAGAAGCAGUACAUCUCGCUAGAGAUUUUGGGUACGUUUGUGAGACAGAAUUUCCUGCCAAAGCAGUAGCUGAAUUUCUCAACCGACAACAUUCCGAUCCAUACGAGCAAGUCACAAGAAAAAACAUGCUUCUAGCUACAAAACAGAUCUGUAAAGAGUUCACCGACCUGCUGGCUCAGGACCGAUCUCCCCUGGGGAACUCGCGGCCCAACCCCAUUUUGGAGCCGGGCAUCCAGAGCUGCCUGACCCACUUCAACCUCAUCUCGCACGGCUUCGGGAGCCCGGCAGUGUGCGCUGCCGUCACCGCCCUGCAGAACUAUCUCACCGAGGCGCUCAAGGCCAUGGACAAAAUGUACCUCAGCAACAAUCCCAACAGCCACACAGACAACAGCACCAAAAGCGGCGACAAAGAGGAGAAGCACCGAAAGUGAGGAUCCCCCCCCCAACUCCUCUCCCUUUCCCCUCGUGGCCCAUCGAUCCAUUCAUCUCCCUCCUCCCUCUCCCCUGCACCCAGCACCCCAGGCUACAGCAACAGAAUGAGCGUCCUUCUGCCAAUCCUGUUCUCUGACUCUGCAGGACAGCUCUGCCCUCUCCCCACACCCCUUCCCAGCAUCCACAUGUCCAUUUGCUCCCUCUUAACUUCCCCCCCUCUCCCCGCUGCCACCAUCGUUUUACCCCAGUUUGGAGCCUAAGAGAACAGAACAGGGGGACGGAGCCAGCAAAGAAAAAAAGUUCUGUCUUGAGUUUGUGAACUUUUUUUUAAAUAAAACAAAAGGAGGAAAAAAAAAACAAAAACAAAACAAAAAAAGAAAAGGACUUUUUUUCUAAAAAUAUAUAAAAAAAUAAAAAAAAACCAAAAAGAAAUAAAUAAUACUUAAAAAAUUCUAUGAGCUUCACCGGACUGAAUCACCACCUUCCCUUACAUAAACUUCAGUUAAGAUUGUAGCCAUAUUAAAAACGAAAAAAAAAAAGCGAAAAAAUUACAACAGCAACAGCAAACAAACAAAAGGCAAAAAGGA